AUGGAGUCCGCGAUUCGCUGGUCUCCGAAUUCCACCACUACCGAGCAGCGCUUCCUCUCUGUCGACGUCACAGGCAAGGCGUUUCGUCUCUGUAGAGUCACGGGGUAUAACGCUUCCGACAAGACCCUGCGGCAUGAAGUACUCUCGACUCUUCUCGAUGUUCCCUCGUUUCGCGCUUUCGAUUGGUCUACGUCCAAUGAAAACCUCAUCGCCGUGGGUCAGUCGUCCGGCGAGGCUACGAUCCUGCGAUUAGACGCUAGCGCAAAGGAGUCGCUCUCCUUUCCAGUUCGAAAUCAGCGAUACUGCAAUGCAGUUGCAUUCAGCACACAUGGUCUGGUGGCGUCGGGUCUUGAUCGCGUGCGAAAUGACUUUUGCUUGAAUAUCUGGGAUGUCAACCAGCGACUCAGCCCUGCGGGUGGGAGCAAAGGAUUCCCAGAACCCCUGCGAAAGCUAGCAAGCUCAGAACCGAUCACGAGCAUCAAGUUUUUCAGGGAUCAGCCUGAUACGCUGGUCACGGGCGUCAAGGGCCAAUAUGUUCGCAUUUACGAUCUUAGAGAGGGCCCAGGCAAUCCUUCCCUGCAAUUCCAAACUCGCUGCGUCCACAACCUAGCGAUUGACUGGCUCGACGAGAACUACAUCGCGUCUUGCCAGCCCACCAACGAAAGCACCGUUUGCGUGUGGGAUCGGCGCGUAGGGGCUCGACUGGUAUCGCCAUCAGUCGGCUCUUCAGCGAGCAGUCCAGACUCUAACCAAUCCGUUGCUGCUCUUCAAUUUAGGAGUGUUUUCGAUUCGAAGGCCUCGAUCUGGAGCUUGCGAUUCUCCAAAACCACCCGAGGCUACCUGGGAGCGCUUUCCAGCACCGGCCAUUUCAAAUCCUUUAAUAUCGCCAAAGAUUACCAAUCUGAGGAAUAUCGUGCUUCAAUCGACGAGACCUUUGGACAAGGCUCUUUCAAAAACUACCCGGAGCCGGUCUACACGAAACAUAUCCGCGAUGUCUGCCUUCCUUUCGACCAUCCAACUCGUGGGUGUGAGGAGAAGGACCGUGUGGUCACAUUCGAUUUCUUGAAUUUGAACAUAUCUUCCCAGCCGAGUGCUAUCGCUCUCGAUGGCCAUGGGCAGCCGCGGAUCGUCACUGCGCGGCCACCUUGUGCGCCCGUGAGCUUGUCAUCACAAGGAGUGCUAGUUUGCGGUAUCCCCUCUGGCGACUCUGACUUUAGAGCUAUUCACCCUCUUUCUGAACAUAUCUCGCCGAUCUCCGGGCUGGUCGAGAAUAUUCGAUCACGAGCGCUGUCGAGUUCAAAGUACCCGUCAGCAGGCUCGGACAAAAAGGCGUCCGCUUCCCGAGUACUGAGCUCCGACCCCAUUUCAAGCCGAGAAUCACGGGAACGGGCGAUGUCUCUUGGAACUUUAGGUGUACUCCUCACUGCUAAAGAGGCAUUGACUCUGUCUACCCUUGCUCAAUCGCGAUGCACAGAAGGAUACCGCUUCCAUGAGGCUCGGAAUCGCUCAGUUGUAGCGGAUGAUCCUGCUCUACAGGACAUGUGGACCUGGAUCGAACGUGCACGGUACGACUCCUCGGGAGUGACAAUGGUUGUAAAUGGCCUAGACAUGAAUUACGUUGGUGUCAGCAAUGUCUGGACCAACGACAUGGGCCAAGACUUUGAGCAGCGCCGCAUUAGCACGAAAAAUGAUGACCCGAAGAGCGUCGCCGAAGCGAUCGCGCACCUUGUAGAGCAGUUGAACUUGCCGGAAACCAAAGUCGGUGAAACAGCAUACCCUGAGCACCGACGUCUUUGUCUUCGGAUCUGUGGUGCGGCACAAUCAUACAAAGAGCUUGAGGAGACAGUGAAGAACCUGUCUUCAGAGAACCAGCAUACGAAAGCCGCUGCCCUAGCGGUUUUCCAGGAUGAGGCGAAGUUGGCAUACCUCGCUCUUCGGAGCAACGAACCCGCCCAGGCCCAUAAAUUACUUGCAAUGGCCAUUGCUGGCGCCGCGAAAGGCGAUAUCAGUUCUGAUUGGCAAGAGACCUGCGCUGAGAUCUCCAAAGAGCUAACGGAUCCCUAUGCACGAGCAAUCCUAGCCCUCGUGAGCGAAGGUGACUGGCAUGCCGUCAUCGAAGAGACUACGCUUCCUUUGAAGUACCGUGUUGAGGUCGCGCUACGAUGGCUUCCAGAUGAUGAGUUGACAGACUAUUUGAAAGAUGCCACGUCCGAGGCCAUACGGGAAGGAGACAUCGAGGGUGUAGUACUCACCGGCUUGGGCCAUCUGGCCAUGGGUCUGUUCCGCUCGUACAUUGAGAAAUUCAACGACGUUCAGACCCCGGUUCUAGCCAUGAGCUACACUGUUCCGCGCAUCAUCUGUCAUCCACCUUAUGUCACUCAAUUUGAAGCCUGGCGCGAAACCUAUCGCCAACAGAUGAAUUCCUGGAAACUCCAAAUUGAUCGUGCUCAAUUCGAUGUCGAAUCUCGCCGGCUGGCGGUGACUGUGGAUGGGCGCAAACUGAUUCCCCCACCACCGCAGCAAGUCAGUGUGACUUGCAACUACUGCACCCGCCCGCUUACCCAACACGACGCCUCCUCUCAAAUCUCACCCUCGGCCACCGUCGAAACAGUGCACCCGACCGUGGGCAACCCGCUGGGAUCUGCGACCAUGUCUGGAACCGUUUGUCCCCGAUGUGGCCGGCAUAUGCCUCGCUGUGGUGUCUGCAACAUGUGGCUAGGAACUCCCGACCCAAUGUCGAAAGGAGGGACGGCCGCUGGUGCGGAAGCCGAUUCUCGCAAGGCCGCCGAAGACGAAAUCAUGAAGCGAUUCGUGGUCUUUUGCAUCAAUUGCAACCAUGGGUUUCAUGCGCACCAUGCUCAAGAUUGGUUCGCACGACACAAAGUGUGCCCAGUAUCUGAGUGUAAUUGUAUCUGCGAUCGGUGA